AUGUUGCCACGUUCACUUGGCCACAGCACCUCGGAGCUGUCACCUCCGUUUGACGGACCGAACGGUGUUGAACGAUAUGUGAGCGAGACCCGGAGCCUCCUCCGAAAAGGCUACGAGAAAUACCUGCGCCGAGGUGUGCCUUUUCAGAUGCGCAACCCGGUCGAGGAACUUGGUGCUCAGGUCGUUCUACCGCCCAAGUACUUGGACGAAGUAAAAAGGGCGCCGACCGAUCUCUUUAGCUUCGAGGCCUACUCGGAAAAGGCGUUCCUGCUGAACUACAGUCGCGCGCCGAGGCAGACAGAGGCUGCAGCGCACAUUGUCAGAGUAGAUCUCACCAGAAACCUGGGUAAGCUUAUUACAUUCUAUUCCGAUUUCGCCAUCUUUGAGGUCUGUCUACCAUUAGUACUAAUCAGGGACUUAGGGGCUCUUGUAACGGACCUCUGGAACGAGUCUGCGCUGUAUCUCGACAAGACCUACAACUCCGAGUGGCAGACGAAGCAGGCCUAUGAAGUCGUAUGCGGUUUCGUAGCACGGGUUACUUCUGUGGCCAUGGUGGGAGCUCCGCUAUGUCGCAACCCAGUCUGGAAUCGAAUCGUAGUCGAAACAACGAUGGCGUCGUUCGGGGCGGCACAAGCCAUUAAAGACAAGUACAGUGCACGCUGGAGAUGGCUAGCCCCUUGGUCAGAGUCGAUUCAAAAGGACUUGAGGCGAAUACGAAAAGAGUCGAUUGAGCUUCUCAAGCCGUUGUACGAAGACCGCAAAGCAGCUGUUUCACGCUCGGAUGACGUUCAGGGCUCCUCUGAAAUGUUUAGAGACACUCUUUACUGGCUCAUAACAAGCAACCAGAAGGACCGAUCAUUGUCCGGAAUCACUGAAUCCCAGCUGUUUCUGUCCUUGGCUGCCAUACACACCACCUCGGCGACCCUGAACUCUUUUGUCUACGAUUGGAUCGCUCAUCCCGAGUAUCACGGAGAAAUCUUGGCAGAGGUCAAGGAAACAUUGGCACAGGUGCAGCUUAAUGGCGGCAAAUGGACCUUGCAGCAUGUGGCCAUGUUGCGGAAGCUAGACAGCUUCAUGAAAGAGAGUGCUCGAAUAAACCCCAUCGGAUUUGUCUCAAUCCAGCGCUACACGUUGAAGCCCUAUACAUUCAAGGACGGCUUUCAACUUCCCGCCGGCGUGAGCUUCGUGUUUCAUUCCGACGGUGUUCAUCACGACGCGGACAACUAUCCCGACCCGGAGAAAUUCGACGCCUACAGACACCUUCACCUGCGCGAGACCGUGGACCCCAACCGUUUCCACUUUGCUUCCGUCUCUGACAGUGCCCUUGGCUUCGGAGCUGGGAAUCACGCAUGUCCUGGCCGCUUCCUCAGCGCCAUCAUUAUGAAGUUCUUCCUCAUACAGUUCAUGACUGCAUAUGAGAUGAAAUACGAGCAUGGCGGCAUAGAAAGGCUGCCGAAUCACGACAAUAGCAACACCACCGCCCCUAACCGUACUGUCAACCUGCUGGUGAGACGUUGUGAUGGAACCUCGAACAAUGCUUAG